AUGAGGAGGUCAUCCAAAAGUUCUGGUGCGGCGCACAAGAAGGGGAAAACCGAUUUGGAUCCGUCCAACGCAUCGCAUCGGCAGGAAAAGAAGAUGCGGACAGAUCCAAUGAAGAAACGAAAGCAAAAUGGGAAAAGUGGCCAAGGCGGACAAAGCAAACAGCAAAAUGAAACCAAACAGACAAUUGUAGGGAAGCCAGUAAAAAGGAGCAAUGAACCCACGAAGCCCACCAAAUCAAAGCCAUCUUCCCCGCCGAGGAGAUAUGGAGAAGAGCCUCAAGGAAAGAGGUCUCAGCAAAAAGAUAACCACGCCGAGGGGAAUAAAAACACGAAGAAGAAUUCCUCAAACGAUGUAGUGGUGAAGGAAAAAAUGGAAGCUGCGAAGGGGGAAAGGAUCAAGAGAGAAGGAGGAGGAUGCUUUCUAUGUCUCUGCUGUGGAAACAAUGAUGAUGAUAUUUUGAAUGAACUGAUUUUAGAGGACGAAAGCAGCAGAGAGGAGGAAGAGCGAGAAAAAAGGAAAAAAGAACAGGAGGAAGAGGAAGAGAGACAAAAGGCAAAGGAAAGGGAACGACUGAGUAUGAUAGAGGAGGAAGACAAAAUGAGGCGUCUACUCGAAGCAAUCUCAGAAGGCAAGACAGAAGAAGAGAAGAAAAAAGUCGACGAUCUGGAGAAACCAAAAGAACAAGCAAAAAGAGGUUCCCGUUUAAUCAUAAAAGAUUUCAAACCUAAAUUGUUGCAAAAGAAAAAGCCCAAGUUCAGUUUCCUUGGAGCAGCCUCAGCCCCUCCCCCCCCUGAGGCCUCAGCCUGUAUAGGACCUCCACCGGAAGUCAAAUCAACAUCUGUACGCGUAAGAGAGGGAAUCUAUUUAAUAUAUAGUGAGGAAAACAACGGACAACUAGAAUUACAUUAUUCCAAGGAACCCAUAAAAGGCAGAGGUGUAUUAGGCUAUAUAUACUCAAGUAGCAUCCCAGAUUUUUAUUUUAUGAAAAAUAACAUGAAGCAGAUUUUACUAAAAGAUGUUACGAAAAUAAUGCAGAGCACCUACGUUAGAGACGUAAAGCCUUACUACGAAUGUGUCAUCAACUUUAUAAAAAUGAAAAAAAAAUUUAACGGUGUUUUAUACUUCUUACCUGCCUUCAAUGCUCAGCCCCCUCCAAAACUGGACGUUAUUUUUUUUGAUUCCAAGGAGAAGAAGCUGCACUAUGCUCCCAUCGAAGAAGAGAUCGAGUUCAAGGGCAACUUCAUUUUCGUCAUUCAGAAGGGGCUCCCAAUAUUCAAGGAGGAAAUCGAGACGGAGAAGCUCUGUUCCUACGUGUGCAGCUUCGGGGCUUUUCAGGACAUCUAG